UGAAAGCCAAGUGGAUAUUCAAUUAAAAUUAUUUAUUAAGCGAGCUAAUCUUCUUUAAACGCCAGCUUGAAAAACAAAUAAUGGCAAAGGACAUUCGGUCGACCUAAAAUUGUCGACUGAAUGCGUUCCACAGUUUAAAAUAAUGUAUAGUUAGCGUGGCUGUCUUGUACUGGUUGUAAGCAGGACGGGGUGAAGAUGCAAGGUUUUGGCGUGGCCAUUCUCACUCAGGUUAUUUGGGCCCAGCUGUUACUCCUGGGAUGGGCUCGCGCAUCCGAGUUGACGUUUGAGCUGCCAGACAACGCGAAGCAGUGUUUCUACGAAGAUAUCAUCGCGGGCACCAAGUGCACUCUGGAGUUCCAGGUUGUAACAGGAGGUCAUUAUGAUGUGGAUUGUCGCCUAGAUGAUCCUGAUGGAACUGUUCUCUAUAAAGAAAUGAAGAAGCAGUAUGAUAGCUUCACAUUCACAGCUUCAAAGAAUGGAUCUUACAAGUUCUGCUUCAGUAAUGAAUUCUCAACUUUUACACAUAAGACUGUCUACUUUGAUUUCCAAGUUGGAGAGGAUCCUCCAUUGUUUCCCAAUGAGAACAGAGUUUCAGCUUUGACUCAGAUGGAGUCGGCUUGUGUUUCAAUUCAUGAAGCUUUGAAAUCUGUAAUUGAUUAUCAGACACACUUUCGCCUAAGAGAAGCUCAAGGACGUAGUCGAGCAGAGGAUCUGAACACAAGGGUGGCAUUUUGGUCAAUUGGAGAAGCUAUUAUUUUGUUAGUUGUCAGUAUUGGCCAAGUAGUCCUCUUAAGGAGCUUUUUCUCAGACAAGAAAACUACCACAACUCGUGUAGGAUCAUAGAAAACUGUGGUGCAGAGUGCACACCUAUAAUAUUAACCAGAGAAAAUGAUACUGCAAGAAGUUUCAUUUAAAGAGAUAAAAUGGGAUUUUGAAAUAAAACAAUGGGUUUUGUUUCAUAAGAUACUUUUCAGUUUUAAUGGACUAGACAUCUGGUUCCAAAGUCUCAUUGCAAGAAAUCAAAGAAAGUUGUUUUAAAACACUUCACCUGCAUUCUCUAAAAUUUGUUUUAAAAAAGGGUGUUACAUUUGCAUUGUUAGGAUUUUAUAUUCCUCAACAUAUUGCCACAUGUAAAACAAUUGAAACAGUUUAUUUUUCAUCUUAGAACAGUCAGUUGUUUUAUUCCCCAGUUUCUAAAAUUACACAAGAUUAAUAUUUGAUCUGAUGUAAUUUUACUGAAAAUUUGGUCAUCUUAAAAUGGAAAAGAGAACUUGUAUGUAUGUAAACAUGUUAGGUCAUUUUGAGUAAUCCAUAUAUUUUGCAUGACAUUUGUAAAUGGCAAAAUGUUAUCUUUUUUUAAUCCCAUUCUCAUCUGGUGUGUUUUUUAUAUUUUCUGAAAUCUUUUCCUGUAAAUGUUUUUGCUUUACAUGGCAAAAUAUUACUUUUUUUCUCAAAUUGAUUCACAAAAUAUUUUAAAUAUGGAAUGUGGAGUGGAAUACAUUGAUUUUGCUAUGUAAGUCUUUACCAAAAAUAGUAGCUUUUUAUUAAAUUUAUCAUCCGUUAUAAAAGAGCAAGAUGCAUUUCCUAUGCUACUGAAAAUAUAGUACACUAGAAAUGGGCAGACUGUAAUUUAGUCUUUCAAAGCCAUGUGAAAAGCUGUUUGUGCACUCUUUAUAAACAAAAAAGAUGCAGUUAUUCAUCAGGGACUAAACACGGGAUUAGAAAUGUGUGUCACCAUAACAUGUAAUUGAUUAUGAGCCUUUGACAAAGAAAGUAAAUUUAGAAUUAAAUGCAUUAUCCCUGGAAGAAAAAUCUAGUGCAAAUGUAUAUUCAAAUAAUCUUAAACAAAUACUUACCGUGUAUAAUUAAUAGUUGCCUGGACCAUUUAAAUACUCUUAGACUGAAAUAUUUUAAUGAGAUUAAGUUAUUACCUUGUUUGGGAAAUAAGAAAAGAAAACAAAGCUGCAUAAACAUUUCACUUUUUUUUUUUUUUCCUUUGGUUGAAGGUUAAAUCUGUUAAGUGUGAAUUUAAGGUUUGGGUGGUUGGAAUUUUUGGGAGAGAAACUUUAUUAUGAAAUGAAAAAUUAGUAAUUUAUUAAUAAAUUUUGAGGCUUACAUAGUUUGUUUUCACGUCCUGACAAAAGGGCAAGCACCUAGCCCUUUCAGAAUGAAGGUAGUGAUUUCUGCUUCUUCCUUCCAUGUCAGAAAUGUAUAUGUUGUAAUUUGAUUUAUUGACAUGCACCAAAAGAAAUUCAAUUGGAAACUAAGCCUUUUUAUUUUUGUCCAUAUUCAUUUUUAUUUUAACAUUGUUUUAGAAUCAUCUUCUGGGACUGGAUACAUAAAAUUUAGAUAAAAUUGUGUCUGUGCUGCCUACUGUGUGAAAUAUCUGAUUCCUGAAUUCUUUUCCUAUUUUUUUUUUAUUCUUAAUUUUUUUUGUUUAUUUUGUGUUUUCAAAGUGAAUAAGUGCAGUCCCUCCAAUAAAUAUCAAUGGAUUUAAAAUGUU